CCCUUCUGUUAACCCUGUCUGAUUUGUAUUUUCUCCUUCUCAUUUUGCCCUCUUUGUCAUUCAUGAAUCAAGGCUGUCCUGGCCACUCCUUCACCCUGUUCCACGUCCUCUAGAGUAUUGAGUGGAGCAGAGGUGAAGAGGAGGGGGUAGCAGCUGUGAGUUUAGGCUCCUGUGGAGAGUCUGCUGAUCCUGCUUCUGAUCUAGGGAGGGUCCGUGUGUUGCUUACACAGAAUCCUGCACUGACCCUAUUAUGGACUAAAUAAAAAAAGGGCCACACUCCCAGACAAAUGUCUGGACAUUUAAAAUGCCACAUCCAGUUCCCUGGGUUGGAUUAAUAAUAUAUGUUUGUGUUUCAUGAUAUUUUUUGCCUUUUUAAUCCAUGUGCAUUUUUGAAGACAUCGACAGGCAAGUACACAAUUAGCCUAAUAAAGGAGACUGCUGCAUUAUUUUUCAAUAUCCUUUUGACAUGGAAAAAGUCUAAGAACGGUUUAACUUCUGCGUCUGCAGAGCGGAAACAGUUCGGUAUAAAAAAAAAACAACGAACUGUCAAUCAGCUUGAUUUGCGAGGUGGAUUCUCAUUGCUGUGGUGAGGAUUUACACACAGUUUAAAAUACGACGUUUUGAGGUAGUCAACAAAAAUCAAAGAAAUAUGAGCGAACAACCUGACGCGUCAUAGCAAGCUCUGCACCAGUCGAGUGUUUAGCCACGCCAGUCUGUGAACACAUUACGAAAAGCAACGCAGGGACUAUUAAGUAAAAAAGAAAAAAAAUGUUUUACCAUUUCAUGUCAAAGUUAUGCUCUGUGUAACAUUACAACAUUGCCAGAUCUGUAGACAAUUGUAAAAAAAAUAGCUUAGAAUGGACCUUUUGUGUUGUUUUUGUUAUUGAAGUCAGGUGUGGUAACCUUACAAGAGUGAGGUGAGGACACUGCAGCUUUAAGUCCACAUAUUGAGCAUAGCAAAUACCAGAAACUAAUUUCUCCUCUCCAGUAACACUUCCAUGAGGCACCGGCACAGGGGGGAAAAGGCAGACGCAGGGGGCACAGAAAACGCACACACACACACAAAUGUCUAUCUAUCCAAUAAUAUCCAAUAAUAAGAGCCUGCUCUCGUCGCUCGGUCUUAACACUCUCCCUUUGUUCCCUGCAAGAAAAGUGUGGGGUGAUUGAGGGGGGAGAGAGAGAGAAAAUAGAGAGAGAGAGAGGGGAGGCUAGAGGAAGAGGGACCUGCUCAAUUCAAUUUCUCAUUUCUCUGUCUCCCUCCUCCAGUCCAGAGGAGCCGGAUCCGAGGAGCACAGGAUCGUCUGGCAGCUCUUUCCCCAGCAAAGCGAGGGCGGCGGGCUGGACAGAGGGGUUGAGGCGCCUGGCUGUGGCUGGGUGAAUGCUGCCUGGCGGAGGGGGAGCUACGGCAGCAGCGGCAGCGGCGGCGGCGGCAGCUGCGUGGGCAGCGACGGUGGGUGGAGGAGGAGGGGGGGGAUGGCAUCCACGGGCAUGCAGAUCUUUGCCUUCGUCCUGGCGCUCCUGGGCAUCAUGGGCGCCAUGGUGGCCACGCUGCUGCCUAACUGGAAGGUGAGCGCCGACGUGGGCUCCAACAUCAUCACGGCCAUCUCCCAGAUGCAGGGCCUGUGGAUGGACUGCACCUGGUACAGCACGGGCAUGUUCAGCUGCACGCUCAAGUACUCGGUGCUGUCGCUGCCCGCCUACCUGCAGACUGCCAGGACCACCAUGGUGCUGUGCUGCGUCCUGGCCGCCAUGGGCCUCUGCCUGGCGUCCCUGGGGCUCAAGUGCACCCGCUGGGGGGGCGGGCGGCGUUCCAAGAGGCACGCCGCCAUCGCCAGCGGCGGCUGCUUCAUCGCCGCCGGCUUCCUGUGCCUGGUGCCGGCUUCCUGGUUCACCAACGAGGUCAUCACCAACUUCCUGGACUCCAGCGUGCCCGAGAGCAACAAGUUUGAGCCCGGGGGGGCGGUGUACGUGGCGUUCGUGUCGGCGGGCUUCCUCUUUGUGGGGGGGUCCAUCUUCUGCGUGUCGUGUUCUGGGAAGAGGCACGGCGGGAGGGACAUGGUCCUGCUGCCCCCCCCUGACAAGCUGCUUCUUCACCAGCAGCAGCAGCUCCUCCAGCAGCAGGACCAGCUCCAGCACCAGUACUGCUCCCUCUCCCCCUUAGACAACAAGACUGGCUACAGCCUGCAGGACUAUGUGUGAGUGAGCACUGGCGGUAGGCGCGCAAGCUUAAGGCUACGGUGGAAAAAGAGAUGGAGGGGGUUGGGGGGACACCGCUGUCAUCUUGCUGAAUAGUAGACGAGGAGGAGAAAAAAAUAGGAGUGCGUUGAAGGACUUUGAAGACGUUUUUUUUUCCUUUGUCCCCGCCGUCUUCCGUCUUGUAUUUUUCCCUCCCUUCUUUUUUUUUGUGUUCUGCAAGCACAACAAACAGUGGAGGUAUUCCCUGAGCUGCGCCCGGGAACAGACGGGGAGUGUUAAUGUGAAACGCGCUUCAGGAUCGCCGAAGGAGAGCCGCCUGAAAACAAGGCAGACCUCCGUCCAUCAGUUGAUCACAGAGUUUCCCGGGAAACAGAUUAGUUGUUAGGAUGCCUUUCCUUUCCUUUUUUCUCAUUCAUUUCGUCCUCACCAAAGGUUUGAAUAGGGGGGAGGGGAGGGGGGAGCAAUCAUUUAGCUGCUAACAAUCGUUGGGUGCCCUUUCAUUCGACAAGUCGGCAAUAUGAUGUCUCAAAGAGGCAGCAGUAGGUGGAAGCCCUUUCAAUAGCAAGCCAUUGUAGUUUUUGCCAAACCAUUCACUAGAAUUACACUAGUUGGGACUGAUUUAAUACAAUUAUAGUUAUUUUUGGUAGCUAAAUAGAAGGAUUGAUAUUUUGCCUAUAAAGCAUGCUGUCUAUGGCCUGUCUUUGUAUUGAUACAGCCAGUGGAAUGCCUGGUUAGAAAUCUGAGAUAUUAGUAGACACUACAAUGCCUGUGCCCAAAAAGCUGUAGUACAUGACCCUUCUGAAACUGUUCAAAGAGAAGCUGUAAGGAUGAGUAAAUAUGGGUGCUGGUCCGAUGAUGGAAAGACAAAUACACAGAACCCGGCCUCGAUCCCAGCAGGUGGGGAUAGAGAGAGCGUGAAAGAGAGAUGGAGAGAUCCCUUCUUCCAGCAGAGUGGACUGUCUGACAUGUUUCUUUCCCAUUUUGUUUCCAAACGAAAGAAGGCUGGCUUUUCUAGCUCGCUGCUGAUUCCAUGUAUACACUCGGGCACACACACACAUGCAUACAGAUUAAGAGACUGCCACAGGCAGAGAAAUAUACACACACACACACACAUAUACACAACCUCCUACACACACACACACGCACACACACGGGCAUAAGUAGACGCUCUAGAACACAUAAACACUGAACCCUCUGACACACCGGAGCUGCAUGCGCUUUUCACUCGAGCUGUCCGCCUCCUCACUGCCAUGGUAACGGGAUCCAGCGCCCAAAUAUCUUUAUUGUCUGGGAUUCUGUGUGUGUCAGGUCAGAGCUUUGAGGUUGGGCAGGGGGGCAUCUCUCUCUUUAACCAGCUCCAUAAGCCUUCCAUAGAAGCUCCACACACGCUGGGAAGCUUCAUCUAAUCCCUUUUAUUAGGCAGUCACAUGAGCCAGCAGCCGAAUGUCACUCCCAGGUUUGGGAAACGCUCCCUAUUUGUUGACCAUUGUUAACAGUGUGUCUGACACGCAAUUAAGGGUUAUGUGGGGAAAUGCAGCUACAUUUGAGAAGUUGGUGGGGUGCGGAGAUGGACAGCAAGGAUAUUUGUGUUGUACAGCGAGGUACAGAGAAGGGGUUUGAGUCACAGCGUGCGGUGUGGCCAUGCUGUGUCGAUGGCCUCUGCUUAGAAAAAGGUUUGAGUCAUUUCCCAUAUGUGGCUUGAUUUUUCAAGUGCGUCAGCCGUGCAUAUGCUACCUACCGGUCUGCACCUGUCAGUCUGUCUUUAGGUGUUCUACCUCUCCUCCUCAAGUCAUGUGGGAACACAGUUGCAUGUUGAGAGCAUGCUGUCCAGCACAUGUCUGCUUACACACACACAGCCACAAAUGCACACACACACUCACUUACCCACUUACACACUUCCCCUGCCUACUCGUAUGUCAGAGGUGCUUUAAAAUGGUUCUGUUCCCAUGUGUGUCUCGAGUGUUCAGAAAACGAAGAAGAAGGGGGGGUGGUGAGGGGAGGUAUGUUGUCUCCAGUCUGAAAUGGCUGCUCUAGUGACAAGAUCUGGCAGUGAUGUGUAGCUCGGCUCUCCUUCUCUUCUCUCUCUCUCUCUCUCUCUCUCUCUACUCCCACUCUCAUAUCUCCUAAAUAGGCAGUUUCCCGGGGUAGAGCAGAUGGCUAAGCCCAGCUCGCCACCUGCAGGCUGCUUCCGGAAGUCUGGGGGCACCUCUGGGGGGCAUCUCUGUUGGACCUGGCAGCCCUACAGGGCCAGGUUUCACCCCCUGCCCCUCCGGCCUGGCUACCCGCCAUGCCCUCAGCACAGAGCAUUAAAAAAGAUCUGUGAUCUGGUCAAUAACAACACAUGGCACAGGCACGGUAAAGAACGCAAUAAAUAUGAGACAAGAAUGUGCCAUCGUCAAUAAGAUGCGUGUUUGAGAAUGUGCCAAAUGGACUCAUGACAAGCUUAAUACUGUUCGGAGUUCCUUCUGUUUAUUUUUUAUCACAUUGUUUGUGAGUUACACAGUCAAAGAUGUUUUAUGGAUUUCUUAUUUGUUCUGCCAGACUUUAGUGUUGAUUAAUCCAUGUGUACAUUGGGAUACAGUAUUACAAACAAUGUUUUUUCAACCAUUUAAUUCCUUCUUAUCCAAAGCACAGAAUUAUUUCAGGGGCAUACAUACUUAAGUUUCAUUACAAAUGACUAAUGUCUAUGGUUUUGAAAAUUGUUUUAUAAAUCACACUUAGGGAUAUUGUAUCCAUUUUUAUCUACAGUAUUUUAAGCCUGCAGUGGACUGUACAUAUUUAUCUCAAUAAAUACAAAUCCUAAUUUUUACAUUUUGUCUGGCAUGCAUAAGAUAACAUGUUCAUACUUUGUAUCUUCUUUAUAAGAAGACUACUCGGCUGGCCCUGUGUAACAUUGUUUGACAGCAGUUUGUUUCAAAUGGCUGAGCAUCGCAAGUCCCCUGAACCGGUACAAAUGUACAUAAUACAAUUGGCAGUCUGAGAAGGAGGGGGAAAAAAAGACUGCGAGCCAGCUAGCUCCUUUUUUGGUCUGAAAAGAUCGAGCAGGCAAACUAAAAUCGAAGGUUUCUCUUGUGGAUGUGCAGCUUCAUAAUCAGUGCACCAUUUUAUUAGCUUCUAAAUGGCUGCAGUGCAAAGUGCAGACCUGUAAUGUCUCCACAACCACAGCGCUCCAGCAGAAACCCAAGACAAUAAUUAUCGUUUGGAUAAUUGCAGCUUAUUUUUGUGGAUGCUUUAGCACUUCUUCAUUUGCCAGGAGGAUUAUGCUGAGGAACAGUUUAAAUGUUCUGGUAAUGUUUCAAUGUGCUUGUGCGAGUAGCUCUAUUUUUUACUAAUAAAACUAUUUUGUGG